CUUCUUUCUCCUGCCAUUGUUGAGUCUUCGUUUCCUAUGUGAAAUUCUAUCUGUUUUCAAUCAUCCAUCGAUCUCGAUAAAUAUUUAUAUGGAUUCUCUUCAGGGUUUCAAAACCUCGGAUUCAAGCCCUUCUUCCGCCACCAUUUUGAACCCAUGUUUCCCUGCAGACCUCUCCAUCGCCACCGCAAGCACUACCGUGAACACCACCAUCACUAUGACCUCUAACACCAAAGCGAAUCCUUUACCAGCCGCUGCCAGCUCUUCUCCUCCUCCUUCGACUCUCAGCCGCUACGAGAACCAAAAGCGGCGUGACUGGAACACUUUCGGGCAGUACCUCCGGAACCACCGACCGCCGCUCUCGCUCUCCCGCUGCAGCGGCGCUCACGUCCUGGAGUUCCUCCGGUACCUUGACCAGUUCGGGAAAACCAAAGUACACACCCAGCUUUGUCCUUUCUUCGGUCACCCUAACCCUCCGGCUCCAUGCCCUUGCCCUCUCCGGCAAGCUUGGGGAAGCCUCGAUGCUCUCAUCGGACGCCUCCGUGCCGCCUACGAAGAACACGGCGGCAAACCCGAAGCUAACCCUUUCGGUGCCAGAGCUAUUAGGCUUUACCUACGUGAGGUUCGUGAUUCACAGGCUAAAGCGAGAGGCAUAAGCUAUGAGAAGAAGAAACGAAAGCGGCCACCUAAAGCUCCACCACCACAGCCACCGUCUCUUCCGCCAGAUCCCAACCAAAACCAGUAA